AUGGAGCUCAAGGAUAGUAACUGGGAUAGUAGCUCAGAGGGGACUGCAAGUGAAGGGUCUCCUUUCGUGCCUCAGGGUUGCACCAUUGAGAAGUUCACCCACAUGCAUCCUUUGACGUUCACUAGGGGAUCCGACCCAAUUGUGGUAGAGAAAUGGGUGCAAAAGACAGAAAAGAUACUGAAUGUUCUGCACUGCACCGACAAGCAGAAGGUCCUCUACACUACAUUCCAGUUGGCAGGAGAAGCUGAGAGAUGGUGGAUGGUUGUAAGUCUGCUGGAGGAGCAGAGGGCCAAUCCAUCAGGGAUAACUUGGAGACAUUUUAAGGAGGUAUUUUUUGAGAGAUACUUCCCUGCUUCCACCCGUGAUGCAAAGGCAGACGAAUUCUCGAGUCUGAUUCAGGGGACCCUGACAGUGCAGAGUUAUACAGCUAGAUACAUCAAGCUAUCUCGCUUUGCAUCAUGUAUGAUCUCGAACGAGUAUGAAAAGACUUUGAGGUUCGAGAAGGAUCUAAGGAAGGAUAUUCGUAGGCUAGUGGGAAUGCUGCAGAUCCGGGAGUUUUCUAUUCUAGUGGAUAAAGCUGCCAUAAUCGAAGUUGGUCUCUUGAAGGAUGAGGUGGUACAGGAUCAGAAGAAGAGGUCAAUGCCUUUGGGUUCUCAAACUAAUUCUCGACAUUGGAAGUGGAAGAAGAGGAACUACAGUUUGGGUAAUUGCUAG